GGUGGUGUGUGUGUGUGAGGGGGAGCAGGAUAAAGUCUCCAGAAGAUCCCCUUCCUGAAUCUGUCCCUCCGAAUUCCAUGGUCUUCAGCUCCCCCUUAGAUCCAGUACUUGCCAUCAUCUUGCCUGGCCCCUAACAUACUGUGUCUACUCCCAACCCAGCACGCCUACUAUACUGGCAUUCAGUUCUUUGAAGGUGGGGGCUGCUACUGGUUCAUUCUGAUUUCUUCUGUGCCUGCUCGUCGCCUCUGAGCUGAAUUGAUGAUCCUUUGUGUUGGCUGAGGGAGGGCUCCAGGCAGUGGGCUGGGUCUUAGGGCAAGGUAGUGGGGACAGAUGAGGAAGAGGAGUUUCUGUCUACUGGCACCACUGCUCAGAGUCUUUGAAGAAUCCAUAUUCAGACAGUAGUUCAUCUCUGUGUGAAACUCAGAGGUUCACAACUUGGCUUCUAGGCCAGCCCAGCCCACGUCUGCGGGUCUCAGUGGCAGGUUGCCUGCAGAAGUUGAAAGCCUCGAGGGCUCUGUGGGAUAAAGAAGGUGAUUAGGGUAACUGCUGCGACAGGGCAGGAGCCUUUCCCGGAGCUCAGGACUGCCACGCUCCUCCGCUCAGUUUCUCUCAGAUGCUUAGAGAUAGGUUUUUGACCCAGAGCUACUCAGCUCUGUGACUUUCACUUUCCUGACAACUCUCACGUGUAUGUGUGGAGUGGAGAGGGGGAACCCAGGGGACGCACCCAGUCAUGGAUUCAGGAAGAGGUGCAUGUUUUGUAAACUGUUAAAAGACAAAAAACAAAACUCUGUUCUGAUUAUGGUCUAGGCUGGCCUGGCCCAGUCCUUGUUUAACAAAGGCUCUUAGUGGCUUAAUGAAGAAAACUCCAGCUCCAGAGCUUUCUCCUGGGAUUGAUUAAUUUCUUUCAUUUUUUUUUAAAGGAUGAAAGAAUUUAUUUUAGCUUAUGGUUCCAGAGGGGCUAGAAGUCUGUCAUGGCGGGGGAGACAGGCCAUCUGGCAGGAUCAGGAAGCUGGCUGAUCACAUUCAAUGGAGUUACCUUAUACGGGAGUAACAAUGGCGCUACUACAUGCCUCAGGCUGACACACAAAAAGCUCAGGGGCAUAAAUGGCUGGUGAGAUCCUGUACACCCCUAAACUUUACAGGCUACUGCUCCUGGUUACUCUCCAGAACUUGAUGGAAAGACCCUAUUGCUGGCUGGGGUUUCUUUUAGGACACAUGUACUCUGCUUUAGGCUCAGGGAUUAGGGGUCACGCUGACUCAGUUCUCCGCACAACCGUUCAAAUAGACAGUAGGUCAUUGUCUUCUUACUAGAAAUAAGAAAGCAGGUGCAAGGAAAUGGAUGUCUAGGGUCUGAAGGCCAGGACAUUGGUGGGAGCGGGGUUUGAACUCGGGACAGUGAGUCACACUUGAUCUUUUCAAAAAGCCGUGUGCUUAGCUGUUGGUCGGCUAAAGCCUCUCAGCCUUUACUCUCAUGUCGGGUCUCUCAGCUUAGGUGACAGUUUCCUAUAAGCCUCUCAGCCUGGAUUUCUGGAAUGUCCCCAGGCCCAGACCACUAUUAGCUGGGGUUUGUCUGCAGACACCAGGGAGGAGGCAGAGAUGCGGCCUUUGAGCCACUGGGCUUGGGGAGUCCACUGCCGGCUGGAAAAGCAGAUGACUAUCAGCAUCCUACAGCACACAUCUCGCACAGGCAUCUAGGGUGCUCAGCUUUAUGAGGUCUGUACCUGCUCUGGUGCUUCAACCUGGUCCAUCUCCCGGUCACAGGUGGGUCCUGGAGAGUCUAGAGCGGGGGUCAGCCCAGCCAGCUGUGGGGAGGGGGGUUGGAGUGGCGAUAACCAGAAGGGCUUGUGUGACGAUAUGGGCUACAAAAACCAUUGGAAAUAAUAGCUGGGAACUUGCAGCCCAGGCUCUCUAAUCGCUUGUUUUAAUUUCCUUUCAUUUUUGAAUAAGUGAUUUGCUCCCAAGGGUGAGGCAAAAGCUGGUCCUGUGGAAAUGUUUCCUCCUGCCUCUGUCUCGAGCCAGGCGCCUCUCCCCAGAGCAGACGUGGUUUCUGUAGGUCUAUGUGGAGGUGAUCUACACACACACGCAGACAGGUAGAGAUGGUACGUUAGAAUAUGUGCCUGAACAUUUCCCUGGAACAGAACCUCUUGCAUGCUGUUCUCUCCCCUUAAUGGACUAUUUUGGGAGACUUGUGUGAGGAUCCAAAGUACUUCCUUGUUGGAAAUUUAAUUUUGCGGCUGGAAAAAGUUCCAUCUCAUGGCAGCAACUUAGACUGUGUUUUUCCUAUUUUGCCAGGAUCUUCAGUGGGCCACACAGUGGACCUCUGCAGACAUGCACACCCAUUUGGUUGCAAUCUUUAAGGAUGGGGUCUCAGAAAGACCCCCUUUGCUUCUUCCUAGUUAAGACUGCUGUGUAGAAGUCACUGUCGCCUCUGUUUUCUUUUCUUUAAAAUGUGGUGUAAGGGCUGGCGAUGUAGUUCAGUGGUAGAGUGCUUGCCUAGCACGCACGGGUCCCUGGCAACAACAAAUAGUAUUGGGGUGUUAUCCUGGGACUCAACCACAGGUUGUUGUGAGGGUAAUGCAUGCAUACAGUAAUUGCUCAAUAAAGAUGAUUGGUGUUCUUAUAAAUCCCUGCCUGGUGCUCCUUCUGUUGUCUCUGCUUGUGCUCUUUGGUUCUAGGUGCCCCGCCCCUACCUCCCAAAGUGAACAUACUUAAUGCACUGUCUCGCCACCAAGGCAGACCAAUGGGGUCACUACGCACAGGCUGGGUGGUGUGAAUGGCCCCAUUGUUCCUGGGCUGGGCUCCCAGAGCCCUGCAGGUGUGGCAGUGACUAGGCCUGGGCUGUCCAGUGGGAGAAGUGACCUCAGUCUUCUGACCAAGAGCUGGCCAUCCCUGACCUAUUCUUCAGAGAGAGGAAGGGAAUGAUUCUGACCUGCUCCUGGUAUGACUACAUGCCUACUAUUUCCUAAGCUACUGCAGCCAUGGUGGGGACUGGAUUGGAUGGCAUUGAUGUAAUCUGAUCUCAGGGAUUGGUUGGAAGAGCCUCCCAGUAACCCUAAAGACUCAGGAAUGGAAGAUGUCCUUGAUGGGUGUCUUAGGUAUUACACCCUGGAUUCCUGGACAUCUUUUUAGUCUGUGGCACUCACUGCUUAUACAGAUUUGCACAUAGUAGGUCUUUUCCAGCCUUCCAGGCAUCUCUAGGCCUUGGAUCUGAUGGAGAACAUUUGGACCCUUUAGGUCUUGUUUUUGUUGGGUGAGGAGGGUGAAGUUGCAGUUGAGGAAGGGACAGAGUCUGAGCUCCUCCUGGCCUGAGGGGAAGGGAAGAGGUGCCCACCAUACUCCACACUGCCUUAUUUCCCCGGCGUCAGGGCAGAUAAUGGCCCCCAAGGGGGUACCUUGAGAUAAGAGGCUGCAGUCCAAGUAAGAGACAUUGGCUCUGGAUAUCUGCUUUUGGCCUCUCUCCUGGGAUGAGUGUGGGCAGUUCCAGUGAGGGUCUCACGGAGGCAAGAGUCUAUAGAGACCUCCACUGCCAUGUCUUUUCUCCUUCAGGAAGCCUCUCGGACGGGCACUCCAGGCCACUUUGAGGAAGAUUCCUGAGCAAGACUUCGGAAAUGGCCCUUUAUUUCUGUCUCCUGGCCUUCCCCUGUGGAUUCCUGCCUGUUAAAGGCAAUGCCUAUUCCUGCCUGCCUGUCGCCCCUGCCUACAGAGAAUGGUGCAGAAGUGCCUCCAACCUUCUCAAGCCCAGCUGAGGGCUUGCUGCAAGGUGGAAGUGGGGACCGGAAGGUGUCAAACCCCUUGAGCAAGGGGGAUGGUGAGAGAUGCUGGAGGUGGACAGACAAGCAGCCAUGGAGACAUUCCCUCCAAUUUAUCCAGAAAGGGAACACAUCUGAAGUGGGUCAGAGGCAGAAGCAAAAAGCGUAUGAGCCUGGUCUCUCAGGAAGCUACAGACUUGAAGCUAAAUGCACCCCCGUGUAGCCUUAGGUAAGUCACUUGCAUGCUUUGAACCCCAGUUUCUCCAUCAGGCUCUCACGGAGUGACGUUCCUUUGCAGGGGUCCUUUCCCCUGCCCAGUGGAGUAGGGCCUGCUGGGCCUACCUACCCUGUGCAGGGUGGUCUGGUUAGGACUUUCUCUACAGGCACUGAAGCUGUUGUGCCUGGAUUCCAGAGACCGUUGGGAGUCACCUUCUACAGGCUUGUAGUCUUGUCACUGUCCCAGGGAGACAUGAAAUGGAGGACCUUUCCUGCACAUCCUAAGUCAAAGCCUGGGUCAUCAAUUUCCCAGAACAGACUGAAAUAACAAGGAAGGUGGCCCUGACCGUCACAUGGACCCUUGAAAGGGAUUAAAGUGCCACAAUGCCAGAACCCCAAAUCCCUUAACACGUUUCCAGUUGCCUCUGAGACCAGAAUGCUGGGGAAGGGGAGGAAAUGCCUAGUUUUGAGUUCUUGGGAGACCGAGGGGCCUCUAUUCAAGGAAGCAUCUAUGUUUGGGGGCUCUGAAAAGUCCUACCCUCGAGCUCACCUGGCAUUCUGUCUGUCCUUGAGCCAGGCUGGUCCAGUGUGGCCCCUGUGGGAUGCCCUGGCUCGGCUACUGUGUAGCUAAGCAGUUCUGCAAACUGGGCAAAUCACAGGACUCCUUAGUCCUUAAAGAAGGGAUGGCGAUUCCUGCCACAUCAGGCCACUUUUGAGGAUCCAACAAAAUGUUCUCCAUGAGGUGAACAGCUCAGUGCCUGGCUUGCUCGGGGGUGGGGUGAAGAGCCUGGGCAUCAGCCAUUACUACAGCCUUCUUACCCACCACCAAAGGGUCAGGCUGGUUGCUGUUUCCUCUCUUGCCUUGUGUGACCUGUCCAUCCACAGCUGCAGUUCCUGGAGUUUCCUCCUCCUCCAGGAAACUCUUCCGGAAGGAAGGCUUUUCCUCCAAGGCUUUAUUUUAUCUUCCUUCCCCUGGCUUCCCAGGCCACUUAGAAAAAUUCAAAUGUUCAAUUCUUUCUAAAGUUGUGUUUCGUUUUUUUGUUUUUUGUUUUUUUAACAUUUGUUUUACGUAUAUCUAUGUGUGCGUGUGUCUGUGUGUGUGAAUGUAGGCCAGAAGAGGGCAUCAGAUCCCCCUGGAGCAGGAACCACAGGCACUUGUGAACUGUUCAACAUGGGUGUUGAGAACUGAAGAGGCCUCUGUAAAGCCGCAUGUGCUCUUAAUGGCUGAGGCGCCCCUCCAGCCCCUCUCCCCUGUCCCCCUCCCCCGUGACUAUUUGCUGUGUCACUGUGCAGUAGCCAAACUUUCUAGUUUCCCGAGCACAAAGCCUUUGCUUCUCCCUCCCUGACAGCACCUACCACAGUGCCUUCCUUGCACAUGGUAGGCAACUAAGAAACAUGGUAACUGGAAACAGAAUCACGGUACCUCUGAGACCAGGUCUUUGUCUAUUUUCAGAGUUUAAAUGUAUUUUCCCCAAUUCCACUCCCUCUUUACAUUUUAACCUCACCGUCCUCUCCAUCCAAAAUAUAGCAGAGUUUGAAAAAUGACUUUCUGGGACCAGAGAGUGGGAGAUAGGGAAGCCUCUAAGCCCUGACUAUUCUGGUGUAACUGAGAUUCAGGCUGGGAUUAACCUAGGUCAAAGAGACAGUUCUGGUUCAUCCAGGGUGAUGGAAGCCAGGCUGUUCAUGGACAAACGAGAGGGGUCUGAAACCUGGAGUGCUCCUGCAAGACCAGCUUUCUCUCCGUGGCCAUUUCAAAACACAGCCACUUACCACGAGGGUGAGCAGGUGACUGAACCUAUGCGGCCACUCUGGUGCUAGGGCUGAGGACUGGCCCACAGCCGUGGCCGCAGGGGGAGCUCCUGUGUAGAGCUGCAGCUUCAGCUGCUGCUUCAGGGAUAUCAGGAAAGUGGAUGUCACUGCCUUCUCUGAGGAGGUAGCGGGGGACAGGAGUGUAUAUUUAGGAGUUGGCAACUGUAACCAAGACAAAUGGCCACGUGGCCUACUGGGACCCUUGGAGCAGGGGCCUUCAUGUCCUUUGGUUCCUCGUGGAGACUUCUCUGAAGAUACGCCUCUUGAGGUCUCCCAGAGAAGUCUAGACAUUAUUCUCUUUGUAGUGAGCAAAUGAACAUCACUCCAAACCAACAGCUAACAUGUAGUUGUUGUUCUAGGAGAUCAGAAAAAGCAUCUCCACUUUCCCUGUGAGAAAACCGAGGCACAGAGGGGCUGCAUCCUGGGGUCACACAGCAGACCCACAAGGGCUCCUCUGCCCUGGGAAACUCCAGGAGACUUAAGAGAUGGCGGAGACAGAAGCCCACUCCUUUGGACCAUCACUUGGACGAAAUCUACCACUGCCUACGGACAAUCUCCUGUUCCGAGCUCUGCAACACACCUACGCAUCUUCAGGUGGAAACAGGAAAAGACAACACUGUGGUGAGCGAGCCACCCGGGGCUAGCGCCCCCGGGCCAUGGAGAGGGGCCCGUGAGGGACGCGCGGAGGCGGAGGAAGAGGCUCGGGAGGAGGGAGGCCGAGAAACAGGGCGCGGGAGGAGGAGGAGGAGGAUGCCUCCGCCACCGCCACCACCACCCGCGGGCCCCCGGCGAGCCUGACUCCAGACCGAGGAUGGAGCCGACGCUGGGCGCUGCAGCGGCUCCGGGCGCGCAGGCCACCAGGUAACUGCUGUGUGUGCUGCAUGUGGUUGGAAGAAGACCCCUGUCCCCAGCUGUUCCUUUGGAGCGACCUUCUCUACCUGAAGGCCUGGGGUGAGCCACCUCCAUCCCAGGACCAGCUGAGUUCCAGAAGACCCCGUGCCUUGGAGCAGCAGCCCCAUGACGGUGCCCAGCCAUGCAAUGUUCCUGGAAGGCUGUCCUCCUCCUCGCCCUGGCCUCCAUUGCCAUCCAGUACACAGCCAUCCGCACAUUCACUGCCAAGUCUUUCCACACUUGCCCUGGGCUGACAGAAACUGGGCUGGCAGAGCGGCUGUGUGAGGAGGGCCCCACCUUCUCCUAUAACCUCUCCAGAAAGACCCACGUCCUCAUCUUGGCCACCACACGCAGUGGUUCAUCCUUUGUGGGCCAGCUCUUCAACCAGCACAUGGAUGUCUUCUACCUGUUUGAGCCUCUCUACCACGUCCAGAACACGCUCAUCCCCCGCUUCACCCAGGGCAAGAGCCCCGCCGACCGCAGGGUCAUGCUAGGUGCCAGCCGGGACCUGCUGAGGAGCCUUUAUGAUUGUGAUCUCUACUUUCUGGAGAAUUACAUCAAGCCACCUCCGGUCAACCACACCACCGACCGGGUCUUCCGCCGAGGGGCCAGCAGGGUCCUCUGUUCCCGUCCUGUGUGUGACCCUCCUGGGGCCUCUGACCUGAUCCUGGAGGAGGGGGACUGUGUGCGUAAGUGCGGCUUGCUGAACCUGACCUUGGCAGCUGAGGCUUGUCGUGAGCGCAGCCAUGUGGCCAUCAAGACUGUGCGGGUGCCUGAGGUGAAUGACUUGCGGGCCCUAGUGGAAGACCCCAGGUUGAAUCUCAAGGUCAUCCAGCUGGUGCGAGACCCUCGUGGUAUCUUAGCUUCUCGGAGUGAGACUUUCCGGGACACAUACCGACUCUGGCGGCUUUGGUACGGCACAGGGAGGAAGCCCUACAACCUGGACGUGACCCAGCUGACCACAGUGUGUGAGGAUUUCUCUAGCUCUGUGUCUACUGGCCUCAUGCGGCCCUCCUGGCUCAAGGGCAAGUACAUGUUGGUACGUUAUGAGGACCUGGCCAGGAAUCCAAUGAAGAAGACAGAGGAGAUCUACGAAUUCCUGGGUAUCCCCCUGGACAGUCACGUGGCACGCUGGAUCCAGAACAAUACGAGGGGUGACCCCACUUUGGGCAAGCACAAAUACGGCACAGUGCGCAACUCUGCAGCCACAGCUGAGAAGUGGCGCUUCCGCCUCUCCUAUGACAUCGUGGCCUUUGCUCAGAACGCCUGCCAGCAUGUGCUGGCACAGCUGGGCUACAAGAUGGCCACCUCGGAGGAGGAGCUGAAGAACCCAGCCAUCAGCCUAGUGGAGGAGCGCGACUUCCGCCCUUUUUUGUGACCUGGGUGUGGUGGGGGUGGGAGGCAGGUGGCUCUGGUUUUGCUGAUGUGGACCUACUACGGGCCGUUUUUUAACUGUUGCCUUAUCUCUCUCCUCCCUCUCCCACCCUGUUUGUGUGUCCUUUCCACACAAUCCCCCACCCCGGGUCUACUCCUCUCCCACGCCAUCUGCGCAUCCUUCUUGCCCUUGUCCACUCCCUUUCCUCCUGCCUCUUUCUGCCCCUGAAAUUUGCACUAUGUCUCUGGAGGGGAACACUGGGCAGAGGGCGUGUGAUGUGGGGUUACAGCCCCCCACCCCAUUUAGACACAAGGCUGCUGGGUCUCUAUGCGGAUGGGGACAAUGUUUACAGGCACCCAGUCACACAUUCACGUGUGCACACAGGCACACGACGAGAGGCACCCCAGCACAUAGCUUGUAGUUUUUGCAAUUGUCUUCUCCAGGUAAUAGGAUGGACACAAAGGGGCCACACCCCCCAGUUUAAGAAAAGAGUCCAUCCCAACCCCCUCCCUGCUCCUCCCCUGGAGCAGGGCACCCAUCCCUCCUGCACACCCUUGCCUGGUGGUGAGCAGGGUUUUACUGUGAGGUGAAUUGGGAUUACUUUCUUUCUAUUUGGUUUGUGGUGAGCUUGUCUGUCUGAGUCUUGUGUCUACCCCUAGACCAGUAAUGGCUAAUGAAUCUUAGAAAUUUCUGAUUGAUCUUGGGGUCCCUCUGUGAUAUUUCUUUGUGCCAAAAAGAUAUAAAAAAAGACAAAAAUAUGUGAAUCAGUUUGCUAAAUGAAAAUUGAAAUGCUUUAUUUGUGUUUUCUGUAAAUAAAAAUGUGCAGCACUG